AUUCGUUUGGGAAACGCGUUAGCGAGCGCCUCGCCACCAGCAAGCCACAUAGCAAGAAAAACCCGAGAAACGAAUAGCUAUCCCCUACUAGAGCUAAUCAGACAUCAGAAUGGAUAUAGUAGUACAAAAGUCGAUCUUCAACAGCGGCCGAAUCGGGGAGAUAUACGAGCCGCCCGCUGGCUAUUACACACCGUACAACACUCCGCCGUACAUAGCGCCGUAUUCGGACCACGGCAGCUUGCUAGCGGAACAGCAGAUGCAGCAGCACAUCAGAUUCCCCACUCCGCCCGUCACACCGCCACGUCCUGCUCCUGGCCUCUUGGACUUCCACGCCGAGGAUCAGUAUCAUCAUACACAGCGCACAUACUCCGUCAUCAUGAAAGUGCACAGCCAAGGCGACCUGUGCCGCAGUCCCGUGGAGUUCCAGGACGAGAGCAAGUCCUGCAGCAGCAGCAGCGAGUGUGGAGCCGGCAGCGACUUCAUUUGCAACUGGCUGGAGUGUGAAAGGGUAUUCGAAACACUGGAAGCUCUGGCCCAACACGUCACGCAGAGGCAUGCCAUUGCCUCCCUGACAGACGGCCUCUACUACUGCCGCUGGGCGGGAUGCCAGCGCAGCGAGCGGGGGUUCAACGCCCGCUACAAAAUGCUCGUCCACACGCGCACCCACACCAAGGAGAAGCCACACAGUUGUCAUCUAUGCGAGAAGUCGUUUUCGAGGGCGGAAAACCUAAAGAUUCACAUACGAUCGCAUUCGGGAGAGAAGCCAUACAAGUGCAGCUUCGAGGGCUGCCAGAAGGCCUACUCCAACUCCUCCGAUCGGUUCAAACACACAAGGACACACUCGAUGGAGAAACCCUAUAUGUGCAAGGUGGCUGGCUGCCAGAAGCGCUACACAGAUCCCUCUUCGCUCCGCAAGCACGUGAAGACCUUCAAGCACAGCAUCCACCUUAUUGCUAGUCAGCCCCUGAGCCUGCCCCUUCAGACCCGCGCCCCCUACCUGUUCGAGGCCAGUGAGGCCCCGGCACCCUACACAUGUCUGCCCGCGGGCAGCGUUGAGUCCUCCUCUUCCUCCACUCGCUACUACCUGGAUGUGUCCAGCAAUGAGCCCAGCGACUACUCGCUGAAGCACAAGCCAGAGACGGAGUAUUCCACCAGCUAUUGGCUGAACGAGAGACAACACACGUAUCUGCAGAGCGAGGAUUACUACAUGAGUAUGGAGGUGGACUCCCCGCUCGAUCUGCGCAUGCACCGAAUUUAAUUUCCAAUCAACUGACGCUGAUUGGACCUGUCUCUCUUCCUACCCUCUAGUCACUGCGCUAUCCUAGCUCUUGUCAUUAAUCGUAGACUACCGCUUAACUGCAAAAUAAAGACUGUUGUAUUUGAAAAUCUA